AUGGAUGAUCCAGAAUUCCAGAGUAGUGUUGAAUUUAUUUUGCAAAAAUACAAAGUGAGAUCGUCAUCAUCGAAGCCCACGUCGUCCUGGAAAGUUGGACCUCCGUCGGCAGCCUUCACGAUCCAUCCGCUCUUGGGCAGGAACUCAGUGGGCUCCAGACCGCGACAGUCCAGAGUGACGAUUGUCUUGAACUUCCCGGAAUCCUCCGCCAAGUACGACGCUGGAAAGACACACAACAAACAUCAUCACAAGAUGAUGACAAACUUGCAAUCAGUGUCAUUGAUUGCGUCUGAAGUUCCUUCACAUCAGCGGGAAGAGAUCAAUGCGCAUCACGUGUGGAAUUGGCGUCUUGGCAGGCGGCGAUUGAAGGAGGCUGCAAAGAAGAGGCAGAAGAAGAGCAAAGUAUCGCUAAAGAGUUUCAUUUGCCAGCGAAAUGGCGUGGAAUUGGCUGAAGGAGAGAUGCUUCACGAGUUGUGGCGCCAAUAUGCCGAGGAUUUUCUCCAAAAUCACAAAAUUAACGAAGAGGAUGCCAGUUUGCGGUCUGAUUUGAAGGACAUCCUGCCGAAGAUGGAGUUGAUCGGAGCGAAAAUUGAGGUGACAAAGGCAAAAUGCUCGUCUAUCGUUGGUACACGUGGAAUUAUCAUAAUGGACAGCAAAAAUAUGUUUACUUUGGUUAACAUGGACGGCAGAGUGAUUCAUCUUCCAAAGGUCGAUUUGGCAUUUCAACUCUCCAUCGGAAGCAUGUCUUUUCUGUACUUCGGGAAGUUCCUGACCAUGAGAAUAGCAGAUAGAUGUGUGAAAGCGUACAAAAAUGUUCAAAGUCAUGAAUUAUAAGAAAGUUAUUUCGCCAUUUGAUGCUUCAGGAUGUUUUAUUCAAUACUACAAGAGGUUAAAUGGGUUAAAUACAUCACACAAUUAUAGAUAAA